AUGGCGGAUGACACUGAGGAUGUUGAGCUGGACUUUGCUGCUGACGAGCAGGAGAGGGCGCGGAGAAGCGCAGUCAUAAGACACCCUCUGGCCUCCUUUUUCCACCUGUUUUUUCGUGUGGUUGCCAUUGUCGUGUAUUUGCUGUGUGACUGGAUCAGCAAGAACUUUGCGUCAUGUUUUGUCCUCAUCAUCGCUCUGCUGUCUUUCGACUUUUGGUCUGUCAAGAAUGUGACUGGUCGGCUGUUGGUGGGGCUUCGCUGGUGGAACCAGAUUGAUGAAGAUGGAAGGAGCCUCUGGGUAUUUGAAGCCAAAAAAGCGUCCCGGGGCACUAACACUGGAACAGAGGCAGAAGCGAGAAUAUUCUGGCUUGGCCUGAUCAUCUGUCCUCUUAUUUGGACAUUUUUCUUCUUCACCUCCCUCUUCUCCCUGAAGAUUAAAUGGCUGUCACUGGUGGUAGCCAGCAUGUCCCUCCAAGUCGCCAACCUCUACGGCUACCUUCGCUGCAAGGCGGGAGGCCACGAUGGCCAGCCUCCAGACAAACGCUCUUUCUCAGGACAGCACCUCCUCCAGCGCCCGGACAUCAUCUUCGGGAUACUAUGAAGGUUACCUCCUGCACCUGUGCGGCCACUCUGCUGCACUUUGAGUGUAAGAAAAAAGAUCCAGAGCUGCCUCUUCUCCAGAAUUUCCUGGAAAUGCGCCUACGCUUGACUGGCUUUGUGUCUCGUGCAUGUUUUUGUUUCAUGCUGUGGAUUAUUUACCUCACAUGUUGG